AUGACAAACGAAGAAGUUGUAAAGGAAAAAUUCUAUGCAGACCUUGAUAAUAUCCUGCGCAAAACGCCAAAGGAAGAUAAGCUGAUUUUGCUGGGUGAUUUCAAUGCCCGAGUUGGUGGAAACAGUACAUCUUGGUCGCGCACAAUUGGCAAAUAUGGGGUUUGGAAAUUAAAUGCAACUCAAAUGGUUUAGCUACCACUGGCAAACCUUUAGCUACCACUGGCAAAAAGAUCGACGUGGAUGCAUCCAAGAUCUAAACGCUGGCAUCUGAUUGAUUAUGCAAUAGUAAGACAAAGGGACCUAAAAGAUGUUUGUAUAACACAAGCAAUGUGUGGUGCUGAAUGCCAAACCGACCACAGAAUGGUCAGAAUGAAACUAAAAAUGAUAAUACAACCGCAAAGGCGAAAAGUUGCAUUCAAGGACGUCAGAAAGCUGAAUGUGGACAGACUAAAAAGCAAUGAGAUCAAAAAUGACUUUUCUGCCAAGAUGGAUACUGCCCUCAACCAAAUAGCUGACCGUCCAAGUGACUCCGUUCACGAUAAAUGGAAGGAGCUGAAAAAUCAAAUACUCAAAGUGUCGAAAGAAACACUCGGUACGAAAAGCAAGAAACAACCUGACUGGUUCGAAGAAAACAUCGG